AUGUCUAUGAUCACAGUAACGUCGCCUUCCAUGUUCUCCAAGCUCAACCCGCUUAACGCUCUCCACAGGCGUUCCAAUAACAAAGAACAAGAACAGCCUCCUAAACGACAGAGAGCUGGCUCGUUCAUGAGGAUAUGGCGUCGCUCUUCGAGCACGUCCCUGGUUCCUCAAACCAAAGUCGUGAACCGUUCCCAGCUUACUAGACAUAACAUCACAGCCGCGCAAGCCUUGUCUGCUGGCCCACCUUCACCAAGAAGACGUCGCCUGGAUGGUUCUACUAAGCUGGCGGUACGCUCUAAUGACCUACUUUCUUCUGAUUUCAUUCUCCCGCUAGAAAUGAAACUGUCGAGAAGAAGCUAG